CUCAGCAUGCGGGUCUGGCCUUUGAAUAGUGGGGGUUGGAGGAAGCGUGGGGUUUCACCUCUGACCUCUGAAUCAACUGAAUCAACCUCACAAUUUGAUUCACUACAACUCUUCGAAACCUACUCCAAACCCGUGAAUCGUUACAAUGACAGGUGACACACACCGCAAGAUCUGUCAACCCCUCCACCCCGCCAUUCGUGACAGUCUAGAUUCCCAAUAUGUCGCCUAUCAUGAGGCGCAUCUGCAGUAUAUCGAAAGAGACGAGAUCAAUGACUGGGACGGCUCGAUACGUACUAAGAAACAUUCCCUCCCUCCUGGAGGAACAAAACCUAUUCCCGUAGGGAGCAUCAGCGAUUAUGACGUUGCUAGAUUCCGAGUGAGAGUUUACACACCAACAGGCCAAUGUGAUGAGCGAGGCUGGCCUGUCCUCGUCUGGUUUCACGGUGGUGGCUGGGCAGUUGGAGGACUCAGUAAUGGCACCGAUCUUUGCUGCUGGGCUUGUGAGAGAGCGCGGUGUAUAGUCGUCAGCGUAGACUAUGGGCUGGCCCCUGAAAACCCAUUCCCAGCUGCAGUCGAGGAUGCUAUUGGCGCCGUGAGAUGGGUCGCAUCUUGUCCAGCUGAACUACAAAAGAUAGACACCUCCCGUAUUUCCGUCAGCGGAACAUCAGCUGGUGCUAAUCUGGCGAUUGUCGCUGCAUUAUCUGCAUCGAACCCAGAAGUCCCUUUACCGACAGCUCAACCGUCACUCCUAAACACUAUUACACCCCCCCCUAUAUCAUUGGUCUUAUUCAUACCGGUUGUUGACAAUACUGCCACAGCUGAAGGGGUAUGGAGGCCCAAUGCCGAGACUGCACCUUGGCUUACACCCGCACGAAUGGAGUAUUAUCGUAAGCUUUACUUUACUCAAGAUGAUCAUCGCUCUCAAUGGGACGCAAGCCCUAACCUCGCCCCCGAAUCUCUCUUAAGAAAGCUUCCAAAGACGUGGAUUGCUGUUGCAGAGAUGGAUAUUCUCGCACCAGAGGCACUAGCUUUUGGGGAGCAGUUGAGGGGGUUGGGAGUUAGUGUGGAAACGUUGCUGGUGAAAGGCGGAACACACUCUAUUCUUUCUCUUCAUGGUGUGAUUGAUAGGGGGUAUAGGAUGAUAGAAGAUGCUGUCAAACACCUACAAGUGACUUUUGGCACGGGCUAACAUCCGAAUGCAGCGGGAAUAUACUUCUUAAACUACUCGGAGACACAUAGGGACUAUUCAUAAGAUCCAUAUAAUUCACUACCGACAAUACGUCCCUUCAACAUUUGUGCCACCCUAUCAAUGCCUACAGGCUUCCCUAUACAUAACUUGGUGAUUGUUUCCGACGCUUGUUCUGAUCCUCCCACGUACACACACCGAACCAAGCCUAAACUGCAACAGCUUCGCUCGUGGGUGUCUUUCGGUCUGAAUCCUCCACAGACUCUUCACUAGUCAUGGCAUUGUUUUUGCGGUUGCGGAAGCCCCAAAUGCCCUUGAGACCACCAUCAUCCAGCUCCAACAGCCCCUUCAUACACAAGGCGGGAUGAAAGAUAUUGAGAACGGCCACAGCAACAACGAUCAAGAUUCCCUCAAACCCAACAAACAUAUACUGAUGACCCAUGAGGGGUCCCUUCCAGCCUUCGGAUAAUUCCGCAACCCGGAAGGCACUUCUCCAAAGAAUGCAGAAUGCAGAGAGUGAUAGAGCGCAGAGAAAAGCUUUCAACCGACGAGAAUUGCGGACUUUGACGAUUUCAGAGCGCUGGUCAAAGGCUUCUUCACCGAGGGCACGCUGACGACGGAUAGUUCGAAUGGAAAAGUCGACUGAGCAAGCAAUAAAAGUGAGAAUCGUGACAACCUGGAAGGCGAGUCCUGCUAUCAUGAUGUUUGUGCCUAGGUCUGCGCUUUUGUACUGUUGAGAAGCAACGGACGCCAUACCGCCCCCAAGAGCUUGAAGGACUAGAGAGACAACAUCGCAAGGGAUGAACUAAAGAGUGGGUAUAUUAGAAUACAAGUUCGAGUAAUAUCCACAAUAGAAUGACUUACA